AUGUGCACUCCCGGAAAUGACGGCCCGUCAUCUCCGGGAGUGCACAUUUCUUGGCCGCACACGUUGUCAAUCACGCUCUCAACAGAGCACCCUGUGCAGGCGUAUGCGAAAGUGUUGGCUGUAUGCGUUCUACGCCUGCACCUACACUGGGCACGACCGCGCCGGAAUCUGCCCCACAACCUACGCAGCCAUCCGACUCGAGCUCAGAAGGCACUAAGCGGUCGAACAUUGACGUAUUCCCGGCUUUGCUCCAAACAUGCCCAGGACGCUCUGCGAGAGGCGGCGGCUUCGGAGGUACUUCUCGAGAUCGUCAAGUCAAUCCUGCGCGAGUUCGGCCUCCGCCCAUCGGACCUCGCCUCGGGUACUACGGACAGUAAGUCGGACGUCAAGUCCGUGAGCGUCAAUGGCCUCUACCCGCAGUACGGGGUUCUGUGGAAUUGGUGUUUUUGCCACCUGAUGGUCAAGGCCGCCGAGGACGGCUUCGGAACCCACGUCGACCCCCAGAAGUCCAAGAACCCGGAAGCGCGCGACAUGCUCAAGAACGUCAUCAGUAUGGUCGGGACCCUCAACAGAUCUUCCAACUUCAAGGCUAAGUUCGAAGACCUUCAGCAAGAACGCUUUCCUUCAGCUCUUCUCGCUGCUGCAGCCCCUUUUUCCUCCGUCACGCGUGAUGGCCAGUACAGCAAUGCGCCGAUGCAGGCGGACGUCUUCAUGAAGUUUGGCGUGCUCAAGAUGCGAGUACUGGACCCGUCGAAACCUCUCAAGGUCUUGGACAUACCGCCUCUCGGACAGGACGGCCUCCCAGAUCGCGAGGAACAGAAGAAAGCUCUGCCGCACAAGAUGGUGGAACCCGACGACUUGCACCCCUUGGCAGAGAAGGCGCGCAGCAAACUCGGCCGCGCGCUCGUGUCGAGGCUGUACGGUCAUGUGUGGGACCCCAACACCCUGGAUCCCUCCUUCUGCAAUGCCUCCUGCCUCCUGACGCCGCCGUUCAGUGAGAGGCACCACUUACUUGCCCGCCGGGUCAGUCGUGGUGGCCCCUACGUCGGAUGAAGAGGUGAAAGAAAAGCUGGAUGGAGUCUGGGCCGAAAUCAAGCAGCGAGCCGUCAAAGCCGUGAAGACAGCGCAGAGGUAGAGGGUAGUUGUGGGGACGAGAGCGGCGGUCUGUUCAAGCGCGCCCGCACUGGGCAUUCGGGUUCAUCUCGUCGCAAUAAUCCGGACGAAGCCCAGUUCGCAUGUUUCGGGCGCACCGAAACCACCCAAUAGGACAGCCAAGGAGAGUCGGAUGUGGUGGAGGACGAUGUUGGGAGCGAGAUCAUGCGAUACAAGGGAGUCUUCAUCAAAUCAACGCAGCGAAGUCCUCAGCUACUGGAAGAGCAUAGGGAGACACUCAUUUCCCGCCCUUGAGUAUGUGGCGCAGCAAACAUUCGGCAGUCAAGCCUCUGCCGCUCAGGUCGAGAGACUUAAGCGACUGCGGUCUGUUAUGUGGGGAACCGCAGUCGUGUACACGAGAACUGAAUCCACCAGCAACGGCAGCAGAACACGCACUCCGAUCGGGGGAAACGAUACCCUCGGCCCUCCACCCGCGCACCGCCGUGCCCGAUAAUUGCGUUAUGCAGUAAGUUUGGGAAUGCGAGCAUGAUGAUCGCAUAUUGCAAUUCCAAUAUAUUACAUCGACCGAUAGCUAUGGCAACGAUGAAUAGGCUCAACAGUCCGAUUGUCGAACGCACGUUUUGGUUGAUCAAUAGGGCGCCACUCGUUCACAACGUUCCCCUUCGCAAGUUAGGUGGUUCGCCUCCCGGGGGCGACGCAAGAGGACAUGGUGGAUGUCAUGGCGGUCGCAUCGUUACAUCUCAACGUCAUGAACUUCCGUACAGUGCGUGGCCCGAUAUCGUGCCGGUGUUUUCGGCUCGCACACACCGGAAUAUCAAGUCUUUCUGUACUCUGACUAGUGCCGGUGCCCGGUAUAGUGCCGCUUUGCUCUCUGAACACAUACCGGCACUACAGAGGGCCCCCUACUGAAUUUGAAGUUUCGCAUGUGCGUGAGUGCGUACUUUUAGGCUAGUGGCGUCGUUGCUGCAGGUCCUGGUGCUGCAGUUAUCCGCUGCGAUUGAUCACUCGCUCUGAUGUGUUCGUGUUGCCCGUGGUCAGUAAGACUACUUGCAUGCAGUAUGCAGAAAUUGAAACAUCAACGGUCCGUGCUUGCUCAAUCUGGGUCACACAAUAAGAAAUGUCUCAAUAAGAAAGGAAGGGAGCGGGAGGCGCAAAAGGGUGACAACCCCCAAUGUUUGCCUCACGGAGCUUGCAACAUAAUGACGGGGUAGUUUUCGUUGUUGGUACUACAUGUUCUUGUGUCUGGAUACGAGCAUGGUAGAUCUGCUAGCAGCAAGGGGGGGCCAUUUUGGGACCGUGCAGUACGACGGGAGCGCGCAAGUGGUGCUGGUGUCUUCGGUAGUGCGAGCGUGGGAUACCAAAGCGUGAAGUACACAGCGCNCAGCUGGUCGGAGGACUUGCUGCACGUAUAGAGGGGAAGUCCGGCGGUGCCACGGAGGGCGCCGCUGAAAGCGGCGUCGCCGUAGAGAGCGUCGCCACAAGCACUGCAGGCCAUUUUGGGACCGUGCAGUACGACGGGAGCGCGCAGGCAGCGGACCUGCGAAGAGAGUCUGGUCCUUCGGGACGACACAGCGGCGAAGUAGGGGGUUCAGACCCCCAAGAGGUGAGAGUAGCCGCUGCUCACAAUCAAGCUUGUUUCAGCAGCGCCAUGGGAAGUGGUGCUGCUGUCUUCGGUAGUGCGAGCGUGGGAUACCAAAGCGUGAAGUACACAGCGCCCACGUUCAGCGGAGACGCCAAGAGCUUUUCUUCGUGGCUAGAGGAUUUUUUGAUGGCAGCGAACACAGCAAACCUUCUUGAGCUUUUCGAGGAGGGGGGGGCGGAGAUCCCCGUAAACAGUGGGCAGAGCAAAGUCCAACUGUCCAGGUUUUACCCGCACGACAAAGUAGAGCUCGCUUUCCACGCGUGGAAUUUCCUCCGUGGAGCUCUCAAGGACGAGAAAGACAGGACAAUAAUGAAGCGAGCUGAGUCGCCCCUGGGGGCGCUCCGUGAGCUGAAGGGGUUGUACGAUCCAGAAUCGUCCAUGCAGCCUGCGGAUGAGUUAAAAUCCCUGACAUCCAAGAAGAUCCCGAUGGCAGAGAAUCCGCAACAUGCUCUCAACAGUAUGCUCGCCACCGCAGAGUCCCUUUCGAAACGGGGGCUUGAUGUUAACGAAACCUUCGUUUUGCACCUCUUCUUGGAUGCCCUCUCCAACGAGUACGCUAUGACCCAAGCACGCCUGAAGACACAAGGAGAGGUUGACAAGGAGU